GCGCGGCGCGAGGUGGCCCCGCACCCACCCAACGUGGCGGCGCCACUCGCGCUGCUCGAGGAGCGCCCGCGGCGCCGGCAGCCGCGUCGGCCGCAGCAGCGGCUGCCGCCGUUGAAGGCCAACGGCGGCGCCGACGCCGGCGGGGCCGAGGGCGCCCGCGCGCAGCGGCAGGAGCGAUCGCCAGGCCCCCCGCCGCCCCCGCCGGCGCGGGAGCCCGAGCCCUCGGGGCGGCAGCGGGCGCUCGCGCUCGCGGAGGGCCUCUACGGAGGCAGCGCGCCCUCGCGGGCGCGGCGCUGGUCGCUGGCGCGCGGAGGCCGAGACCCCCCCGCACAGCCCCCCUGGAGCCUCGCGGCCUCCGCGCCGUCCCCGCGAGGCGGCGAGACCUCUGCGCCGCCGGCGGCGGAGGCGGGCCAGCGCAGGC